AUGAGAGAGACAGGUUUCUCCAGCACCAACGUCAAGAACAACUUAGAGGACUCGUCAACGUCCUCCGUUUUCCAGUGUUACAGCAGCUCUGCCAACUCUUCCUCUCCCCCAAUCUGCGAGCGGACCAAGCAGGUUUUGGCUGAUGAUGUCGUGACAAAUCCUGAAAAGAUGGCAGAUUGGUUUUCGCAGCAGGAGAUAGUUUCUCUGUACCAGCGGUUCUGCCAGCUCGAUCGCAGCGGCGGAGGUUUCAUCUCCUCCGAUGAGUUCUUGUCCGUUCCCGAAUUCGCCGUCAAUCCUCUCUCUCAGAGGUUGCUGAAGAUAUUGGAUGGAUUGAACUUUAAGGAAUUCGUAUUAUUCUUAUCAGCAUUCAGUUCUCGUGCAAGCUUGCAGCAGAAAAUCGAGUUUAUUUUUAAGGUAUAUGAUUCAGACGGCAAUGGGAAAGUCGCAUUCAGCGACAUGUUGGAUGUUUUGCGGGAUUUGACGGGGCAGUUCAUAUCUGAGCAACAGAGGGAGUUACCUGGUAUACAGCAAGUAUUGACGCAUGUCAUUGAGGAAUCCGGCUACACAAAGGAUUCAUUGUUAAGCAUAUUGGACUUUGUGAAGACUCUUGGCAACUCUGAUUUGAAGAUGGAGGUCGAGGUUCCGGUGGAUUGA